UGCAUCCAUUAUUUUUUUUUUUUAUCCAUGGCGCGAAGGCUGGCUCUUACGUUCUUUAUGUAUUUUAACGUUUCACGGCGCUGCGAGAGGAAGAGACCGACUACUCCCCUCUCUCUCUGACCGAGAAGGGCAUCUCAUAGGCGGGCCGUCAUUACCAGCAGCUGGCGUCUCAACGGCGCAGUGAAGCUAGCAGGCUAAUGUCAGCAGUAGGUGGCAGCAGGUAGCUAAUUGCUCUGUAGACGUCGGGAACAUGGUUUGUCAUGAUCACAAUAUGCAAUCGACAGCGGGAGGCAGCGUGCAUGUAAAAAGGUCUUCUGGAAUCCUAAAAAACGAUGAUAGAAACACAGCACUUUCACAACCUGACUGAAAUCCACCGUUGAAUCACUCGUGGCCAUUCAUCACGGAUGUCGUGAAAUACACGACGUGUUCGAUUCAACAUGGAGAAAAAGAAAAUGUGCCCACGACUCCUGGACUACUUGGUGGUGGUCGGUGCAAGGCAGCCGAGUAGUGAUAGUGUGGCCCAGACGCCUCAGCUCCUCCGCCGAUACCCACUGGAGGACCACCGGGACUUUCCACUCCCACCAGAUGUGGUGUUCUUUUGCCAACCAGAAGGAUGUCUGAGUAUACGCCAGCGAAGGGUUAGCCUUCGUGACGACUCCUCAUUUGUUUUCACGCUGACUGACAAAGACUCAGGAAUUACUCGCUACGGAAUCUGCGUCAACUUCUACCGAUCAUUUCAGCGCGGGCAUCACCGUGCUCGUGCGGACAAGAGCGGUCACACAGAGACAGCAACGCGAGGGGGGGACUCUGCGAGCGAGGGGUCCGAUGGUAGCAGUGGGGGCCAGUCGUCUGCGUUGUCAGCGCCCAAGAAAGAUGAGUCAGCUCCUCAGCCUGCUUCUGGAGAUGACGUUGAACAGCAAAGUACUGAACUAAACACUGAAAAAGCUGGCCAGCUCAAACGAAAUGCAGAUAAAAUGGCUGCCAGGAAUCGCAACAGUACACUGACGUCACUAUGCAUACUCAGCCACUACCCAUUCUUCUCCACCUUCAGGGAAUGUCUAAGUAUUCUCAAGAGAAUGGUGGACUGCUGUAGUCAGAGGUUAACACAGCGUGCUGGACUGCCCCACACUUUCCAAAGGGACACCAUGUGGCGCGUAUUCACUGGGGUGCUUUCAGUGGAAGAGAAGGGUAGCCAGCUGUUGGCUGACCUGCGGGACAUUGAAUCCUGGAUAUACAGGUUGCUACGGUCCCCAGUGCCUGUGGCAGGUCAAAGGCGUGUGGAUGUGGAAGUUCUGCCUCAUGAAAUGAAACGGCCUCUCACCUUUGCCCUACCUGACAACUCCCGCUUCUCGAUGGUUGAUUUCCCAUUGCAUUUGCCUUUGGAGUUGCUAGGUGUGGAUGCCUGUCUACAGGUGCUCGCCUGUGUCCUGCUCGAGCACAAGGUUAUUCUCCAGUCUCGAGAUUACAAUGCUCUAUCAAUGAGUGUAAUGGCAUUUGUGGCCAUGAUCUACCCUUUGGAGUACAUGUUCCCUGUCAUCCCCCUAUUGCCAACAUGCAUGACCUCUGCUGAACAGCUCCUUCUUGCCCCUACUCCCUAUAUUAUUGGUGUACCAGCUAGUUUCUUCCUUUACAAAGCCGACUUCAAAAUUCCAGAUGAUGUAUGGCUUGUAGAUCUGGACAGCAGCAAGGUUAUAGCACCUACAAACGCGGAGAGUCUGCCAUAUCUUCCAGAGCCAGAAGCUGGCGAGCUUAAGAAACAUCUGAAGCAGUGUCUGCUUAGGUUGACUGUGAUCACCCAAAAGCAGAUCUUCUCCUGUGAAAAUAAGGCCUUGGCGAGUAUGAGUUUAAACACCCAGCCCAUUUUGAACUUGGAGAAGUUUCAGGAAGGUCAUGAAAUGCCUCUGCUUCCUCCUGGACGUGAUAAAGCCUCUCCAUCAUCCACGGAGUUCAACCCCCUCAUUUACGGCAAUGAUGUUGAUUCUGUGGAUGUAGCCACCAGGGUGGCGAUGGUACGGUUCUUCAACUCCCAAAAUGUUCUCCACGGUUUUCAAAUGCACACAAGGACUUUGCGCCUCUUCCCACGCCCCGUGGUGGCUUUCCAGUCAUCGUAUUUUCUUGCGUCUCGACCGAGGCGCUCAAGUUUUGCCGAUAAGCUUUCCCACACACAAGCCGUGGAGUACUAUGGAGAGUGGGCUCUCAAUCCGACUAACCUCGCGUUUCACAGGAUACAUAACAAUGUGUUUGACCCGUCCUUAAUCGGCGACAAACCCAAGUGGUAUGCUCACCAGCUUCAGCCAGUGGUUUAUAGAGUGUUUGAUGGAAGCUCGCAGCUGGUUGAGGCUAUGGCAAGUCCAUUUGAGGAUGAGAGCAAUGACUCUGAUCCUACGGACAGCGGUAGUGACAGUGAGGCAUAUGAUGACUCAAGUUCAUCCUAUUCCUCACUUGGAGACCUUGUAAGUGAGAUGAUACAAGGAGAUAUUCAGGGUGACACACCAAACUCUUCAGGCCUAGAACCACACACCCAUGCUGCUCUGGGAGACGCAAGUGAGGUGGAGUUUCAAGACUUUCGGGACUUCAGAGACGGACAUGGCCCAGGGAGUUCAUCGAGCGGGGACGGUCCUGCAGAACAUUCAGAUGGACAGCCCCAUCGCUCAAGCUCCAGCACAACUGCAAGCUCCAGUCCCAGCACUAUCAUCCAGGGAGUUAACAAUGACCAAGGGGAAGCACCUGAUAGUGAGGCACCAGCCGCCUCCGCCCCACAGAACCCUGUCCCAGGAGUUGGUAGCCAGCCGUUUUUGAGACCUACAGCUGAUGCUAGCCAGGGGGACUCGGCAAUACGAAAACAAGAGUAUGACAACCCCUAUUUUGAGCCUCAGUAUGGCUUCCCCUCUGAAGAUGAUCCUGAUGCAGAAGAACAAGUGGAGUCAUACACCCCUCGAUUCAACCAGAACCUCAAUGGCAACAAGGCUCAGCGUCCUUCACGUCCCAUUAGUCUGAGACUUCCUGGGGAGUCUGACGGAGAGGGAGAUUCUCAUAACAGCUCACCAAACUCAACUAUUUCCAACAGCAGCAAUGAUGGAUUUGGAGGAUUGAUGUCCUUUGCAAGUAAUCUUUACAAGAACCAUGGCACUAGUUUCAGUCUGUCCCAUCUUGCUCUACCCAACAAAGCUGCAAGAGAGAAAUCGACACCUUUCCCCAGCCUCAAAGAUACGCCUGACAGCCCGGGAGGUGCUCGUGCACCUCGGGCACUUGUGGAUCAGAAGUCUUCUGUCAUCAAGCACAGCCCAACAGUGAAGAGGGAAUCGCCAUCUCCUCAGGGUGGCAACAACACAAGUGAAAACCAGCAGUUCUUAAAGGAGGUUGUACAGAGUGUUCUAGAUGGACAAGGAGUCGGCUGGCUCAACAUGAAAAAAGUACGCCGCCUGUUGGAGAAUGAGCAGCUCCGCGUCUUUGUGCUAAGUAAACUGAAUAGAGCCACCCAGUCCGAGGAAGAUUCCAGACAGGAGAUCAUACGUGAUGUGGAGAUCAGCAGGAAGGUGUACAAGGGCAUGCUGGACAUCUUGAAGUGUACGGUGUCCAGUUUGGAACAUUCCUACACAAACGAGGUCGUUGGAGGAAUGGCCAGUGUGUUCAUUCUAUUGGAGAUAGCACGCACACAUUAUCAAACCAAAGACCCGGAAAAGCGCAAGCGAAGCCCCACAGACAGUGCUGGUAGCCCAGGGAGUAAAGAGAGUCCUUCUGGUCGCAUGGAGGCUGCCAAACCUCAAGGUCUUCUCAACGUUCCCCAUCUGCAGCUACCUCAUCACACUACGGGCAGAGGGGCCCGCCAUUUUGAUACCCGGAGUCUGAAUGAAGAAAACUUUAUUGCCUCCAUUGAAUUGUGGAGCAAGCACCAGGAUAAGCAAAAAUCUAUGGAAAAACCACAGAGGGCUGAAGGGGCAAAGCAGCAGCGCCCUCAGGUGACUGAUGCAGAGGAGAAGAAAUCACAGAUCAGUGCUGAUAGUGGUCUCAGUGUCACGUCUGCUUCUCAGAAGAGCGACACAGAGUCCGUAACAAGUUCAAAACCUCCCAUCUUGACGAGAAGUACCAGCCAAGACUCGGAGGCAAGCACGGUGAUAAGCUUUAGCUCUGGAGAGACACUGGGUGCUGACAGUGACUUGAGCAGCACGGCGGGAGAUGGCCUGGGUGGGAGAAGCGCUCUGCAUUUAGCUCAGUCCAGAGGGACCCUCUCUGACAGUGAGAUUGAAACAAACCCUGCCACCAGCUCAGUCUUUGGAAAGACUCAUACACUGAAACCAGGGGCAAAAGAGCACGCAACUGCAAUGGCAAAGGGGAUGCCCACUCAGCCUAUGGAGGAUAUCAGUAUGAGGAUCUAUCUUUGCGAAGGCCUGCUUGGCCGUGAUAAGAGCUCCGUUUGGGAUCAACUAGAGGAUGCUGCCAUGGAAACCUUUUCGCUAAGUAAAGAGCGCUCAACGCUUUGGGACCAGGUGCAGUUCUGGGAGGAUGUCUUCUUAGAUGGUGUCAUGUUAGAGCGUGAAGGGAUGGGAUUGGACCAGGGACCCCAAGAGAUGAUUGAAAGGUACCUGUCAUUGGGAGAACAUGACCGCAAGCGUCUGGAGGACGAUGAGGACAAACUGCUGACUACCUUGCUGCACAACAUGGUUGCAUACAUGCUCAUGAUGAAAGUGAGCAAAAAUGACAUCAAGAAGAAAGUGAGACGUUUGAUGGGAAAGUCCCACAUUGGCCUCACCUACAGCCAAGAGAUCAAUGAGCUGCUGGACAAAUUGACCCAAAUGAACGGCCGUGAGCUGUCUAUCAGGGCCUGUGGAAGCCGUCAUAUCAAGAAGCAAACGUUUGUUGUACAUGCUGGUACUGAUACAACCGGCGACCUUUUUUUCAUGGAGGUCUGUGACGACUGCAUAGUCCUGCGUAGCAACAUUGGCACAGUGUAUGAGCGCUGGUGGUACGAAAAGCUCAUCAACAUGACUUACUGCCCCAAGACCAAAGUUUUAUGUCUCUGGAGACGCAACGGCCAAGAGACACAACUCAAUAAGUUCUAUACCAAAAAGUGUCGCGAACUCUACUACUGUGUUAAAGAUAGUAUGGAAAGAGCUGCAGCCAGACAGCAGAGCUCAAAACCAGGCCCAGAGUUGGGGGGAGAGUUUCCGGUCCAGGACAUGAAAACUGGCGAGGGAGGAUUGCUGCAAGUCACGCUGGAAGGAAUCAACCUGAAAUUCAUGCACAGUCAGGUUUUCAUAGAGCUGAGUCACAUAAAAAAGUGCAAUACAGUGAAGGGAGUCUUUGUCCUGGAGGAAUUUGUUCCUGAAACUAAAGAAGUGGUGAUCCACAAGUACAAGACCCCCAUGGCACAUCAGAUCUGUUACUCCGUCCUCUGUCUGUUCUCCUACGUGGCAGCUGUGAAGGGGAAGGAGGCGGACGGAAAAGCCAAGAUUCUCUCCCCAAGACCCCUUCCUAGCUAGUGACCCCCCUCCCUCCCCCACCUGUCCCAGUUCUAUGUGCCUCUACCUGAAGCGGCGUCACUCAGCAGACAAAUCCCUUGGCGACCCGGAAGCACACAAACGUACACCACGUUUGGUCCCCCGAACCCCGGGAAAGGGGUCAUCUCUCCAAACCCCUCGUCGAUUUGUCUUCAGUAACGAUGGAACCGAGUGCAUGCAGGUCCCAUGCACCCCCCCAACUCCUGUUACCAUGGUGACGUGCAUACAUUAGUGACAUCACUGGCCGACCCUUUUUGUCCAACUACUGUUCUACUCCUAACCUCGUCUGUGCCCUGCUGUUUAUCACGUCUAGCAUGUUACAUGUGUGUAUAUAUAUAUAUAUAUAUCAUAUUUAUUUACAUUGUUGCUGUAUAUUUCACACUAAAAAUAAUAUAUCAACUAUGGAAUUGCUUAAAGCGCAAUACUGAGUUGUUCGCCAUUCCAGCAGCUUUCCGUCCUAUUUGGCGUUCACAGGGUCUAACAUCAGUUUUUUUUUUCUUUGUAUUGCUCAACGUGAAUUUUAAUAUAAUAAGUGUGAUUUCUUCUAAGUGUGAAGACAAAACAAUGUUCCUUCGGUGACGUGUGUGCAUUUCAGGUGAUCGGGAGUUUUUCUGUCUACUGUCCCCAAAGUGUCAUCCCUCAAGUCAAAUAUUGGUCACGUGACUUAAAGUUAAUUGGUUCCUGUAAAAAAUAUUAUUCAUCUGUUGAAAUGUGAACAUGAACGCCGGAAUAAUCUCCGCUCCAAUUCAGGCUUGUUGUGCUUCGAGUCAUGUUGUCAUUGUGUGUGAGGAGAAACAUGAAAGGCCAAGUGAGUAUUUCCCACGUGUACAGCGUUAGCAAUACAGUAAUAAAGUUGUCCCAACAUGGA